AUGCCAGGACGACAGGCCCACGGCCGGCCCCUGCUGGCCCAGCCGACCAAGAAACGCGCCGGUCCAAAAUCAAAGGCCAAAUCACGAGGCCACGCCCUUGACGCCUUCGCCAUCGCUUCGAAGCAGGUCGAGCCGGAGCGCAUAACCCGCCGGGGACGAGACCUUGACCUGGAGCCGGAAAAGGAGCACAAGAAGCACCGCAGAGACGAGGAUGACGAUGAGGACGAGGAUGAGGACGGUGGGGCUGAUGAGGACGAGGGCCCGCGCAAGAAGCGAGCUCGUAGGUCGGCAUUCAACGAGGAGGAUGGAGAGAACUCUGAGGACGAUGAGCGUGGGAGCGACAGCGAGGGCCACGAAUGGCAUGUGGGAGUCGACGGCGAGGACGAGGACUCUGAGAUAGACAGCGAUGAGGCCUUUGGCGAGAGUGACGACGACCGCUUCGACGGGUACAAGUUUGGCGGAAGCCGGGCUAAGGAGGAUGAAGACGACUCUGAUGCAGAAGAUGACGAUUCGCUGGGCGAAGAUGCGAUCGACCUUGCACAGGCCUUGGAUCAAGUGUCUGACGAGGACGACGAAGGGUCUGCCGGUGACACAGAAUCUGGUUCGGAGGAUGGCGAGGAGUCCGAAUCCGAGUCAUCUGUUAGUGAGGACGAAGAUGAGGAUGAGGACGACCCAUCGAAAAUGGAUGCUCUUCAGAGCCUCAUCAAAGGCUUUGCGGAUGACGAAGGAGAUCAUGCCGAGGCUGACGGCUCCUCAAACUCCAAGCAGAAGAUAAGCCUGAAGGACUUGGGACUCUUCGGCGUCAAGGAUCCGGACAUGAAAAAGUCCCUCAAGCUCAUGAAGAAGGAAGAGCAUGAAGGAAAAGCAAGCUCUUCCAAGAAGCUCGAUGUGCCUCUUGCCAAACGUCAGCAAGAUCGUCUCGAUCGUGCUGCAGCGUAUGACAAGACCAACCAGACACUCAACAAAUGGACCGAGACCGUCAAGCACAACAGGCGGGCGGAUCAUCUUGUCUUCCCGUUAGCGAACACAUUGCCCAAUGCUGGGCUGGACAAUGGCGAGCUGCUGCCUCUGACGAAGAAGACUGCUGGCACGGAGCUCGAGCAGACUAUCAUGUCAAUCAUGGAGGAGAGCGGUCUUGGGCCUAGCGCAAAGCAGAAGGACGAACAAAAGCAAUUAGCAGACGGAGAGCCAGCAGAGACGAUUUCGCGGGCUGAUCUGCAGGAGAUCUGGGCGCAGCGCAGGCGAGACAGAGAGCUUCAGUCCCGCGAGCAGGCCAAGGCAAAGAGGAUAAAGAAGAUCAAGAGCAAAGCCUACCGCCGGGUCCAUCGGAAAGAGAACCUACGGAAUGAAGAGGCGACGUACGAUGCCAUGAAGGCCGCAGGCGAGAUCGACUCGGAAGAGGAGCGAGAGACUCAGCACCGCAGGCGAGCGAUGGAAAGAAUGGGCUCGCGGCACAAGGAGAGCAAGUGGGCCAAGAUGGCAUCGAAGACGGGCCGCGCUGCGUGGGACGACGAUUUCCGCUCUGGGCUUACGGAUAUGGCUCGGAGAGACGAGGAGCUACGUCGACGUGUUGAAGGGAGGACAGGCACCGCAGACGAUGGAGACGAUUCUGACGCCACGAGCUCUUCUGGCGACGACGAUGGAAAUAGCCGUCUCCUUCAACAACUCAAUCGACUCGAAGAUGAUGCAGACGAGGCUCCACAAUCAAAUCUUAUGAAGAUGGCCUUCAUGCAGAAGGCGGAAGCUGCAAGAAAGAGAGCAAAUGACGAGCUCAUCGCCCAGAUCCGUCGAGAUCUGGACUCGGAAAAUGAAAGCGACGUGGCGGAGGGCGAUGUUGGUCGUCGAACAUACGGCGCACCCAAGACCAUUUCCAGUCGAUCUGAGGAGCCUGCGGAAGAAGUCAAUGAAACAACAGGCAGCACUGCCCAGAGUCGAUCAGCCAAAGCAAAGACCGGUCUAUCUGCUGCUAUCCCAACAGUUCCUGAGCCCCAGACAUCGACCCCUGGCGGCGCUGGCGCCUGGUCAAGAGGCGGCAAGCCGAGCAGCAAGAAAGACAAGAAGCUGAGCAGCGCCCAGGUCGCCGAGCUCGACCUAAGCAGCAACAUCCUGAUCGCAAGCAAGCCCGCCUCCAAAGCCAAGCCAAAGACCACACAGAACGGCACACCCAGCGCCGACGAUUCGCCAUCCGACUCGGACGACGAAGGCGCGAUGCACCUGCCCCUGGCGGUCCGCAACCAGGAGUUGGUGGCGCGCGCCUUCGCAGGCGACGACGUGGUGGGCGAGUUUGAGCGCGAGAAGGAGGCGGCCGUCGAGGCGGACGACGACAAGGUCGUCGACAACACGCUGCCGGGCUGGGGCAGCUGGGUGGGCGAGGGCGUGAGCAACCGCGAGAGGCGGCGGCACCAGGGGCGCUUCGUGACGACGGUGGCCGGCGUCAAGAGGAAGGACCGCAAGGACGCCAGGCUGGAGCGCGUCAUUGUCAAUGAGAAGCGCGUGCACAAGAACGACAAGUAUCUUGCCUCUCAGCUGCCACAUCCGUUCGAGUCGCGGAACCAGUACGAGCGGUCGCUCCGUCUGCCAAUGGGCCCGGAAUGGAUGACGAAGGAGUCGUUCCAGGCCGUCACGAAGCCGAGGGUCAUUGUCAAACAGGGUAUCAUUGCCCCGAUGUCCAAACCAGUUCUUUAA